AUGUUCGGGAAAAGAGUGUGGAGAAAAGCAGCCAGUGGUGCAGUGACUGGGCAUCAGGAAGAGUCCCUCAGCACAACCAUGUUCCUCCUGAAAGAACUUGGGCCCACAGGGUUCCUCCUCAAAGAGGAUAGAGAACCCAGAAACUACAAAGUGUUCCUAGGUGAUCCUCACACCUGCACCUGUGGAACCUUCCAGAAAGAGAAAGACCUCUGCAAACACAUCUGCUGGAUUCUGAUGCGCAAAUUUAGGCUACCAAGAGAUCAUGAAUACUGUUUCCAGACAGGUCUUGUAGAGAGACAGAUCCUGGAGGUGUUACAGCACCCAUCCAAGAAGGACAGCGUCCCGUCAGCCCCUGAAAAGCUUUGCUCUCAUGAAGAAGAUGAUGGUUUUAUCAAGCAGAAGGACAUUAGGGAGGAUGAUAUCUGUCCCAUCUGUCAAGAAGAACUGCUUAGGAAGAAACUUCCAGUGGCGUAUUGCAGGUUUGGAUGCGGAAACAACAUUCAUAUCUCCUGCAUGAAAGUCUGGGUUGACCAUCAGAGCAGGUCCGAGACAGACAGCAUGGUGAAGUGUCCACUGUGCCGGGAGACCUUCAGCACAUUGAAGAUGCUGCUGGAAAUGGUGGGAAAUGCAGGUCAGCUGCAUACCCCUUCAGAGAGAGCACGUCUGGAGAAACAUCUGGGGAUCCCAUGCAACAACUGCAGAAUCUGUCCUGUUAUUGGAAAAUGUUUUAAGUGCACAGUGUGCAGUUAUUACCACCUGUGCGAGGACUGCUUUAAGAGAAGCUCUCAUCCUCAACACAGCUUUGCAGUUAGAAUGAAAAGAAAUCAGUCAUGGCAACUAAUGACGGAAAGCAAGAAAAGUGUAACCGACAAUCAAGAGAUGUACGCUAAUGUUGAACCUGGUGUCGUGUCAGACGUGGUUCCAGAGCACGUUUUCAGGCUUUUCCCAGUAAUACAGAUUCACCAAAGUUCCCGACUUCUGGCACUGGGAAUACAGUGUCUCCUUUGCCUUCAGAGCUUCCACGUGGGCCAGCAGGUUAAAACUCUCCCCUGUCGACACAAGUUUCAUUCUGGCUGCAUCAAGACAUGGUUACGACAGUCUGUGUGCUGCCCCGUGGAUUGGCAUGUCAUCUACAACCCUCUCACAUUGACUGGUAAUGACAUGAAGGUCAUUAGCACAGCACCUCCUACCAGUAGUGCCCGGAUCAAUCAGCAGAUUACGGGGUUGUUUGUACCCGGUAUUGGCUUGCAGAGGAAAGAAAGACCUGACGUAUCCAAAGCAGCCAUUCUGGCUCCUGUUCCUCCUGAAUCCAUCGUCCAGGACACCCAGGCCCUCUGUAUCGACAGCGCACAUACUGCAACGCUUAAUUUCUGUGAAUCCACGUCCAUGCAGAGGCGCUUGCCUUUGGAACAAGGAAGAAAGGCUUCUUGGAAGCGAACGAGUGCAAAGACAUCCUGUCCGAGCUUGUCCUUGUCUCCUGUGGUUGGGAGGAUGGAAGCGUCUACGGGAACCCAACAGCAGAGCUCGUUUGUGGGGUUCAAUAAGCAUGGCAAUAAAGCCCAAUGCAAGGGAAGUUCUCUUCAUGGGCAGACCAGACCAAUGAGGAUGGAAGGUGAUGGUUUGGGAGUAGUACGAACAUGGUCGAGCAGUGGAGAUCAAAGCAGUCGUGAUUUACGGCCAUCAGGUAUACCUAUCAGUGCUAAACAUGAAAGGAACUAA